AUGCCAGCCGUCAAGGGUCAGUGGACCAGUGAGGAGAACUACUCCUUGCUCUUCCAGAUGGUCCAGCAACUCAUGGGAGAAGGCAAGAACCCGGUGAAGUUCGACAAGAUAAACAUCCCCGGUCGCACUCCGAGAGCUUCAAAGGAGCACUACGCUCAGUUGAAGAACGAAGUCCAGAACCUUAACAUCCAACAACAAGGUGCCGCCAGCACUCCUCAAGCUCGCACUCCACGUGGAUCUGCUGUCAAGAAGGUCAAAGCUGAGGAAAAGUCAACUACCAAGAUGGCUACUCCUUCGAAGAGAAAGACCGGUGAUGAUAGUGGCAUGAUGGAUACGACCCCCAGCAAUCCCAAGCGCAGAAAAUCCCCGGUCAAGAAGGAAGUCGUCAAGGAGGAAGAUGUAGAGGCUGAGGACUCGGAGGACAUGCCCGUUCUUCACGACAGCAGUGGUGGUGAUGCUGAAUCUGAUUCAGCUGAAUCCUAUCAUAGUUACGAUUACUAUACCUAA